GUGCUCGCACUUCCUCGUCCUCUCAGAUUGAGGAACUAACACUUGCCGCUCCUCUCUGUCGACGUCCUCCUGCCUUCGUUUCACGGGCUGCAGUCAUGGUCCGGUCCGCUUCCUCCUGAGCAGAACCGGUCCACUCACAGGUCAGUGCUGCGUCUCUGGACCUGCCGUUGUUUUCCAGAAGGAGGAAGUUCUUCUUCUGCUGGAGCCGAGGGGCCCAGCGGUGGGGCGGGCUCACAUCCGGGCCCGAGUUCUGCUUCUCUCCUGACACCCGCGCCGGACCAGAUCAAGUGGUGACUCACCGCUGGACUUUCCCUCUCUGACCGCCGCUGCCCUUUCUCUGGAGGCGUCCCUGGCCAGCUGGCUCUGAGAUGGCGGCGUGGGAGCAGCACGGCGAGAUGACCGAGUUCCGCCGCAGCGUGAUCAAGCGCGACAUGGAGAUGGGCGUGGUCAUGACGGUCUUCCGGCAGAGGCUGGAGCGGCUGGCGGUGCAGGUCAUCAUGGAGACGCGGCAGGUGGCGUGGACGCGCACGGCGGACAGGACGGACGGCGUCCUGGACCUGUCCGAGAUCCGAGAGCUGCGACCCGGCAGGAACUCCAAGGACUUUGAACGCUUCCGAGACGGCAAGGACAAACACGAGGAGGCGUCCUGCUUCACCAUCUUCUACGGCUCCCAGUUCGUCCUCAGCACGCUGAGCCUGGGAGCCGACUCGGCCGAGGAGGCUCAGAAGUGGCUGACCGGACUCAGCAUGCUGGUGGAGGAGACCCUGGCCGCGCCCACGCCGGUCCUCAUCGAGAGCUGGCUCAGGAAACAGAUGUAUUCCAUCAAUCAGACCAAAACAAAAAGCCUCUCCAUGAAAGAGCUGAAGACCCUGCUGCCGCUGGUCAACUACAAGUCUCCGGGCUCUCGCAGCCUGAAGGACAAGUUCCAGGAAGUGGGCGCCAGGAAAGACUCUCUGGACUUCGAGAAGUUUCACAAACUCUACAACCUCAUCAUGUUCGAGCAGAACGAAAUCCUGGAGGAGUUCAAGAACGAGUCCUGUGCCUUCAUCCUGGGCAACACGGACAAGCCGGACGCCUCCACGGUUCUGCUUCUGGACUUCCAGCGCUUUCUCAUCUACGAACAAAAGGAGUCGUGGGCGCUGGACCUCAACAAGGUCCGGGAGCUGAUGACCACCUUCAUCGACGACACCAUGAGGAAGACCAACGACCCCGAGUUCACCGUCAGCGAGUUCCUGGGCUUCCUGUUUUCCAAGGAGAACUCCAUCUGGGAGGAGAGGUUUUCGGAGAUCAACCACCUGGACAUGAACCACCCGCUGUCCCACUACUGGAUCAGCUCCUCGCACAACACGUACCUGACGGGGGAUCAGCUCCGGAGCGAGUCCUCCACCGAGGCCUACGUGCGCUGCCUGCGGCUGGGCUGUCGCUGCGUGGAGCUGGACUGCUGGGAGGGCCCCGGUGAGCCCAUCAUCUACCACGGCUGGACCAGAACCACCAAGAUCAAGUUUGAGGACGUGGUGCAGGCCAUCAACAAGCACGCCUUUGCCACCUCCGAGUUCCCCGUCAUCCUGUCCAUCGAGGAGCACUGUCCUCUGGAUCAGCAGCGGCAGAUGGCUCGGAUAUUCAAGGAGGUCUUCGGCGACAAGCUGCUGACGGAGCCGGUGGACCAGAUGGCCGACCAGCUGCCGACGCCCACCCAGCUGAAGGGCAAGAUCAUCCUGAAGCACAAGAAACUGAGCGUGGAUGGGGAGGGCCCCAACAAGGAGUUCAGGAAGGGCCAGAUGCAGGGGGACCUGGAGAUGUGGGACCCCGUCGACCAGUGCUGGAACAAACACUACUGUGUGAUCUCUGACGACAAACUCUACUACGCCGAGGAGUACGAGGAGGAGGAGGAGGAGGAGGAGGAGCUGAGGAAGUACCAGGACCUGCACCACUCGGAGCCCUGGUUCCACGGCUACAUGAAGGACAGCCGGCUGACGGCGGAGCGGCUCAUCAGCGAGUUCUGCCGCGAGAGCGGCGGGCGGGACGGGACCUUCCUGGUCCGCCAGAGGGACGUCAACCCCAACGACUACACCCUGUCCUUCUGGUGGAACGGGAAGGUGCAGCACUGCCGGAUCCACACGCUGCUGGAGGGGCCCCAGACCAGCUACUACCUGACCCCGAGUCUGCACUUCCCCAGCGUCCUGGCUCUGGUGCAGCACUACCAGGAGAACCCGCUCAAGUGUCAGGAGUUCGACCUGCGCCUCACCCACCCCGUCCCCCGCCUCAACCCCCACCUGAGAGAAGGCUGGUUCUACGGCAACCUGAGUCGCGGGGAGGCGGAGGACUACCUGAUGAGGAUCCCCAGAGACGGAGCCUUCCUCAUCCGACAGCGAGACGGAGAUCCGGACGCCUUCGCCAUCACCUUCAGAGGCGACGGGCAGGUGAAGCACUGCCGCAUCAAGAAGGAGGGCGGGCUCUACCUGCUGGACACCACCAUGGAGUUCGAGAGCCUGCUGGAGCUGGUGGGCUACUUCAGGAAGAACCCGCUCUACCGCAAAAUCAAGCUGCGCUACCCGGUGACGCCGGAGCUGGUGGAGCGCUUCAGCACGGUGCAGGACUGCGGCUCGCUGUACGAGAGGACCUACGUGGAGCCCAACAGGCUGGAGCUCAGCCAGUCCCACAGCACGGUGCGAGCGCUCUACAGCUACGCGGCGCAGAGGCCCGACGAGCUCAGCUUCACCAAAGGAGCGCUGAUCCACAACGUGAGCCGAGAGAUGGAGGGAUGGUGGAGGGGCGACCACGCUGGCAAGCUGCAGCUCUUCUUCCCCUCCAACUACGUGGAGGAGGUGCUCAGCAGUCGGGUGGAGAGCGCAGCGCAGGGGCCGGAGGAGAAUCCUCUGGGCGAGCUGUGCAAGGGCGUGGUGGACAUCUCCAAGUGCAACAUCUACAAAGUGAGGACGGAGAAGCACGGCAAGUCCCACGUGCUGACCCUGCAGGACCGGGAGCAGGACAGCGUGCAGUUCGACCUGGCGCCCGCCUCGGUGGAGGAGCUCUUCGAGUGGUACAAGGUGGCCUGGGACAUCACGCAGCGCGAGAAGAGCAAGCAGUACAACCUGGAGCACGAGAUCCGACAGCAGGAGGAGAAGAGGGCGGAGGUCGCCAUCGAGAUGUCGGACCUGGUGGUCUACUGCCAGCCGCGCAGCAAAGAGAAGGACCGCUUUGACAGCUACAGCUACAGAGAGAUCCGCUCCUUCGUGGAGAACAAGACGCCCAGCAAGAGCGGCACGCACGGCUUCCUGCUCUACAACAGGAAGGCGCUGAGUCGCGUCUACCCCAAGGGUCAGCGCGUGGAGUCCUCCAACUACGACCCGUACCCGCUGUGGGCCGCUGGCUGUCACAUGGUGGCGCUCAACUUCCAGACCGCAGACAAGUACAUGCAGCUGAACAGCGCCCUCUUCAGUCUCAACGGCCAGACGGGCUACAUCCUGCAGCCGGAGCUGAUGCGCCGCGACAACUACGACCCUCAUCGUGAGAAGAAGGGGCCCAAGUUCAACAUCGUGGUGCGGGUGAGUCUGUCCCGGCUCCAGCUUCAGGUUUAUGAUGUCACUUCCUGUCCACUGGUCUCUUCUCGUGGCGAGCAGGUGAUCGGCGCCAGACAUCUGCCCAAAAACGGCCGCAGCAUCUCCAGCCCGUUUGUGGAAGUGGAGCUGUGUGGCCACUCGGAGGAGAAGUACAAGACGGCGGUGUUCCGAGACAACGGCCUGAACCCGGUCUGGAGAUCCACGUCGGAGCCCAUGUGCUUCAUAGUCUACGAGCCCGAGCUGACCUUCCUGCGCUUCGUGGUCAACGAGGAGGACAUGUUCUCAGACCCCAACUUCCUGGCCCAGGCCACCUUCCCGGUCAAAGGCAUCCGCUCAGGCUUCCGCUCCGUCCCUCUGAAGAACGGCCACAGUGAGAGCCUGGAGUUGGCGUCGCUCCUGGUCUUCGUGCAAGUGCAGCAGGCCGAGAGCGCAGCGGAGGAGCUGUACUCGUCGUCCGGCCAACUGAAGAAGAGCAGCUCGGAGGCCAGCAUGGCGCCGCUGCUCUACAGCUCCCACGGCAGCCUGACGCGAGGCUCCGGCGCGCGGCAGGAGCAGCUGCUGAGGCAUUACAGCACCAGCGAGAAGCUCAAGAUGCCGGAGAAGAAGACGAGCUACUCCUGACCGGCGCUGCGCCGCCUGUUCACGCUGGUCCUAGUUUUAGUAUUUAUUCCUGAUCACGUCUGACAGCACAGUGUCUCUGCCGUGUGAAGUAAACCUCGAUGAGACGCAGCA